AAGACAUUUACUUCAUCCUGCUCUGAGAACUACAGCAAUGACGUUAUUCCCAGUGUUGCUAUUCCUGACUGUGGGGCUGCUUCCCUCCUCUCCUGCAAAUGGAUAUGAGGAUUCAAAGUCUACUACUUUGUUAACCAACCAUAUCCAAGUACAAAGCGAGAUUAUAAAUAUACACAAUAAAUUCAGGAGAUCAGUCUCUCCACCUGCCAGCAACAUGCUAAAGAUGGAAUGGAGUAGUGAGGCCGCAGUCAAUGCCCAAAAGUGGGCAAACCAGUGCACUCACAAACACAGCAACUCAGAGUUUCGAAAAACCAAUCUAAAGUGUGGUGAGAAUCUCUUUAUGUCAAGUGUUCCCACUCCGUGGUCCCGAGCAAUCCAAGAGUGGUACAAUGAGGAACGUGACUUUAUCUUUGAAGUAGGGCCGAAGACACCCUCUGCGGUGGUUGGGCAUUAUACUCAGGUUGUCUGGUACUCUUCUUACCUCGCUGGAUGUGGAUACGCCUACUGUCCCAAUCAAGCUCUAAAACACUACUAUGUUUGCCAAUAUUGUCCUGCUGGAAAUUUUCGCUCGAGACUAUAUAAACCUUACGAUAAAGGACAACCUUGUGCCAGUUGCCCUGGACACUGUGACAACGGUCUAUGCACCAAUGUUUGUGGACGUGAAGAUGACUUCAGUAACUGCAAAGAGCUGAAGGCCUCGUAUGGCUUCCCAAACACGGUUGGCAAAGUGGAGCCGGGAAUCCGCACACCUGGAAAACAGCGCCGACGUCAUAGAGCCUGUGACCUCACUCCCUUCCCGUGGCCUGAGUUCACCAAGGCUGUUCGAGGGGCCCAGACCCAACAACACCAAGAUCUGUGCUCCAGAGCCAGGGUAAAUAUUAGAGCAAACUGGGAGAUUGGAAAUGAGCAGGGGUGGACAUUUGGGGGGAAGGCAGAGGGAAGAAAGCUCUGGGAGAUGAUGAGCGCGUUUGAGGCGCUCCUUAGUCCCUCUUCCCGAGCUCUCCGGGGCGCAUCUCGUGAUUAA